AUGAAAUCGUAUUUCGUGGUCUCGGGCAAGCUUCGCAAGAAAGGACUUCUCUCGAUCGUGUGCCUAUGUCUCUUCACCUUGAUAUGCUACCACUUUGUUGAAUUCUCCCCUUUGCUUGACGACUACCAUUGGGACUUCUCGGAAAUCGGCUUUGGCGCCAGCGACUACUUUGUUCGCAGAGAUUUGCACUACUCCUCGUACAAGUACUCUCUAACAGAGAAGUUCGAGAAGACGAUAGGAGGGUGGGAUAGCUUCAGCAAGAAACCGCACGAUGAAAAGUGUCGGCAAUUUUUCAAGUUUCUCGAUGAGAAUCAUCCCGAUUGGGAAGUGCCCCAGUUUUAUGACAACCUGUACGACAAGCACGCAGUGGCCAAGGGCCGCUACUUCGAGGACGCCUAUCAUACGGUAAAGAAGCGGAAGAAGAAGGAUAAAGAUCCUGAGCCAGACGUGAUCACUGAGGAGGAUAGAAUCGAGAUCAAUGGCUGGUUUCAGGAUAGAGUGAACCUGACAAAGCUUAUCGAGACGGAAAUGGCCGAUAUCAUGACGGUGGUGAGAAGUUACGGCCACUGUUUUUUCAGCGGAGGUGACCCGGAUAAGGAUUUGCAGGGCAAGUAUGCUCGGAAGUUGACUCCUUUCUUUCACGACCAGCUCCCGACGUUCGAGCCUCCAGACAACACUUUUGUCGAGGACCUGUUUCCUGGCAAACCAAAGUAUAUGCCCGACGAUACCCUCGUACAAUACUACUAUGAGCACAUCGAGGGUAAAGGCAUAGUGAUUUCUGCAGCAACAAGAUAUUCAAAGGACAUUUCCCGCCUCAUACGAGUGUUAAGAGCGCUCAACAACAAGCUACCCAUUCAAAUUGUUUAUAGAGGAGAUCUUCUGAUGCGGUCGAAGAAGAUGCUCCAGGGAGCGGCUGUAGCGCCUAUCGAUGAAAUUCUUGGUGAAAUAUUCACCGACAAAAAAAUCCUAACAACUGUUAUGCCAGAAGUUGAUCUUCAUGAUCCUGCCAAGUACGGAUCAGAGUUCCCCAUCCAGCACCUCACCUUCGUUAACAUCGAAAGACCCAUGAAACUCAUUGGCAAACAGUUCUUCAGUGGCUACAACAACAAAAUUCUCGCUCUUAUGUUCAACACAUUCAAAGAAGUGAUUUUGGUGGACGCUGACGCUGUUCCUUUAGAACUGCCUCAGAGCAUGUUUGACUCGCCUGAGUACAAAGAAACCGGGGCUUUUUUCUUCAGAGACCGUCUGCUUAGAGACAGUAACGACUGGAUCGAAACCAAUUACUUCUCCAAGCUCAUGCCACAUAGCCAUAGCAGUCUAGACAUUGCUCUAGGUAUCAAACCUGUCACGGAGCACACGAUGGAUGCACCGUAUAUGAGAGGCUGGAGGCAUACCCAGGAAGCCGGAAUUGUAUUGUUUAACAGGAAGAAGCACUAUGCUGCCAAUUUGGCAAUUCUUCCUCUUGCAUUAUGGGGAGAACCCGUCAAGUCAUCCAUUUGGGGCGACAAGGAAAUGUACUGGUUGGCAAUGUCUAUUGUGGGGGACGAAAAUUACAGCUGGAGCAAAUAUGAUGCUGCCAGUGUCGGUGAGCUCACCACGGACCCGCAACGAAGAAUGUACAAUGGCUCUGUUUCUUCAGAGGUUUGCCUGAGCCAUCCUGGUCAUAUGUCGUCUUCUGGUAAGAUACUCUGGAUCAACUCUGGGUUCUCCUUUUGUAAGAAGAAUGGCUACGGCAGGGAUGAGCGCAAGUUCCCAUUUUCUGCUAUUGGUAACAAAGAGAUUCUAAAAGCAAUGUACCAGGAGCCACUUCGAAUCAAGAAUGCUUUGGUGCCUCCAGCAAUCCCUCCUUUGCGUCCUCGUGGAAGCCCCAUAGACCUCACCGAGGAAGUGAAUUAUAAACUUGAGCUGAAGAAUCGUAAAAAGGAUGUUGACGAGUUGGAUGGUGUCAAUCAAAUUGACUCUUACGAACCUCAAAAGGGCUGGGUCAAGUCUCGCUGCUGUACAGAUUACUACUACUGUGCAUACAAUGCCAUUGAAAGCUAUAACAACACAGGGAAAGUCGACUCCUCAGGAACAGUUUUCACGUUCAACGAAGAAGACAGAGCACGCUACGACUAUUUGGGAAAAAUGUGGAUCUCAGGAAUCAAAACCAUGCAAAAGCUUGACGUUCAGAUGCCCCCCUUGGACGCCUAUCAAUCCUAUGAGGGUUCCCCACAUUCACCCGGAGUUGCCCACGUCGAGAUUCAACGCAUAGAUUCAUGA